GGUUUAAGUUGGAAGAUGAGCGUCCCUGGUCUCCUUAUGGCGGCAGGGAGGUGGAGAUGCUUUCCAAUUCCUUUGGGGUCAUUCCCAUUCCAGGCUCUACGUAGUUCCUGCUGUCGGAAAAAAUCCACUGCACCUAAGAACAUUAUUCCCAAUGUUGCUUUUUGUGAUGAAAAUGCAAAGGAGUCUCAAAAUGCACUUGACAAGCUCUUUUCUUCAGAACAGCAGGCUUCCAUCUUGCAUGUGUUGAAUACGGCAUCUAAUAAAGAACUUGAAGCUUUCAAAUUGCUUCGUGGAAGAAGGUCCACCAAUAUUGUAGAGCACAGAGAAAAGUUUGGGCCAUUUCAGAAUUUGGAGAGUUUAAUGAAUGUGCCCCUGUUCCAGUAUAAAACUACAGUUCAAGUUUGUAACUCCAUACUUUGUCCAGAGACUGGAGGGAAAAAAAAGUUACAGGAAAACCGGCACCUGGGAAAGCUCAUCAAACCAGACAUAGGAAGAGAAAGACUUAAGGCAGUUAAUAGUAUCGUAUCUAUUGUUUUUGGUACUCGAAGAAUUGCCUGGGCUCACCUUGAUCGUAAAUUGGCAGUGUUGGACUGGCAGCAAAGUCCCUGUUGGAGAUUAUUGGACAGAACAUACUCAUCAUCUGUCUAUUUAGAAGAGAUUUCAUCCAUCAUUUCAAAGUUGCCUAAAGCAGAUUUCUAUGUUCUGGAAAAAACAGGACUUCCCAUUCAGAACUCAUCUCUGUUUCCUAUAUUGUUACAUUUUCAUAUCGUGGAAGCCAUGCUGUAUGCUUUAUUAAAUGAAACCUUUGCUCAGGAUGGGCAGCAUCAGGUGCUGAGCAUGAAUCGAAAUGCAGUGGGGAAGCACUUUGAACUGAUGAUCGGUGACUCCCGGACUAGUGGAAAAGAACUAGUGAAGCGGUUCCUCUCUGAGUCUGUCCUGAAGGCAGAUCCUCGGGUGGUCUUCCCAGCAGAUAAAGUAGUCCACUACAGACAGAUGUUUUCAUCUACUGAACCACAAAGAAUAGAAGAGUUAUAUGAUUCAUUAUUACAAGCUAUUGCCUUCUAUGAAUUAGCAGUUUUUGAUGCUAAGCCUUAGAAUUCUGAGGUUAAUGUACCUGCCCUAAUGUUAUAUUAACUUAUAUUUAUUAGCUCCAAAGUUGUAAAACCAAUAUUUUGAACAUCCAUGUUAAUGGAGAAGGAAACAUAUUUUGAGUGUAUUUUUAAUACACUCAAAGUUGUUUAAAAGUCUGACUUUCAGCUGUUGAAUGGUUUACACAAUAAGGAUCUAAUUCUAAAUCAAUAAAUACAGUAUUUUGAGAUUC